CAUGUACAUGUAUAUCACACAGUCUUUUUACAACAGUCAGUAGUAACAUAUGUGUUAAAAGGUGACUUCAACAACAACAGUAUGGCGGAGCACCCGAACAUACUUCUAAAGAAAACCUUUGUAGCCAUAGCCGGGGCCAGCAGAGGACUGGGGAGAUCUAUAGCACUGCAAUUGAGUGCCAAGCUUCCCUCUAACUCCGUCAUAGUUCUCAUGGCCAGGAAUAGUCGAGCUUUGGGGAGUGUCAAAUUUGAAGUGAUGUCUGUUGCGCCAAAUAUCAAAGUUUUGGUGCGGUAUUAUGACCAGGGAAACUUAGAAAACACGGAUUAUUUCAAAGACAUAUUUAAUGAACUGUUAUUGGAAAAUGAGAUAUCGGAAGAUGACUUUGAGCAAUACAUGAUCGUUCACAACUGUGCUACUAUCGGUGAUGUAACAAAGAGAUCAUUGGAACUUUCCGACUCUACGUCAGUUCGGAAGUACUUCGACAUUAACCUCACCGGGAUGAUCCUCCUGAACACGAGCUUCUUUCAGACUUUCAUGGAUUCUACAAAGUCUCGUGUCGUCGUCAAUAUGACGUCGGCAGCUACCUCAAUUCCCAUUGCAUCAUUGCAUCUUUACUGUGCAGGUAAGGCUGCCCGUGAUAUGUACAUCCGUGUAUUGGCCGUAGAGGAACCGUCUAUGAGGAUACUGACGUUCGCACCGGGCUCCGCCGACACCGAAAUGGCAAAAGAAGUUGAAAGAUUUUCUAUGAAUAAGUAUUUUGUUGGAAAAAUAAAAGAAUUAAGAGCAAAUGGAAAGACGAAACAUCCAGAUACCCCAAUCUUUAAGCUUGUCCAGAUACUGGAGGAAAACACGUUUGAAAAUGCUGUUUACGUAGAAAGUGACAAAAUACUUUAGAAGUCUGCAGAAUGUGAAAAAUCGCAUGAGAAUAGCCAAUUCAAAAAUGUUAACUCCACUGCAUCAUUUUUUUUUCACACUUGUUUGAUGUCAAAAGAUAGAGGAAAUAAA